CGCUCGGCAGUGGGUGGUGCCUCACAUCCUUUGGCGGUUGAUGAUGCGGAAGGGUUAGCUUAAACGCCGAGGAGCUAAAGUUGCCCACAUGUGUUGCUGAGUGCUGCACUGGAGAGAAAAACGACACAACUAAGAGUGUGCCAGUGGAGAAUAACUUCUUGGAUUCAACAAUGGCUGUUUGACACUGACAGUUUUCCAGUGACCAGACACUCCCACCUCACUUUCUCUUGUCCUGGUCUACACCCCUCUUGUCUUUGUAUUGUUCUAUGCUUUCACCUCGUCUCAGUCCCUGGUGCUGCCGCAAUCUUUAUCACUCCCCUGUUACCUCUGCUGAGUUGAAGCUGAAGGCUGUAAGUCCAUCAGAAUGGUUGCUGAGGUAGACUCUGCGUCCCAGGGCAGCGGCGUGCGGCUGAAGCAGGAGAUUUCCCUCCUCCAUGGGGUCUGCCUCAUUGUGGGAAAUAUGAUAGGCUCCGGCAUCUUCGUCUCACCUAAGGGGGUUCUUAAGUACACAGGCUCAUUUGGCCUGUCCCUGGUAGUGUGGGCCAUUGGAGGAAUAUUUUCUGUGUUUGGAGCCUUAUGCUAUGCUGAGCUGGGUACCACCAUCCGUAAAUCUGGGGCUUCCUACGCCUAUAUCCUGGAGGCCUUUGGAGGUUUUGUGGCUUUUAUUCGACUGUGGACGUCACUGUUGAUAGUUGAGCCAGCUUGUCAGGCAGUGAUAGCCCUGACCUUCUCCACCUACCUGGUCCAGCCCUUCUACCCAACCUGUUCAGCCCCCUAUGAUGCUGUCCGCCUCAUCGCUGCUGUCAUCAUAUGUCUGCUGACUUGUGUGAACUGUAUGAAAGUGAAAUGGGGUGCUAUUCUUCAGGUCAUCUCCACUGUAGCCAAGGUCCUAGCUCUUAUCGUCAUCAUCAUUACUGGCCUGGUUAAGCUAGCACAAGGUUUUGACCAGAACUUUGAGGAUUCAUUCAAAGGCUCCAAGCUGGACCCUGGGGAUAUGGCCCUGGCCCUGUAUUCAGCACUCUAUUCCUACUCUGGCUGGGAUACACUCAACUUCAUCACAGAGGAGAUCAAAAACCCAGAGAGGAAUCUGCCCCUGUCCAUCGCUAUUUCCAUGCCCAUUGUCACAGUGAUCUACAUCCUGACCAACGUAGCUUACUACGUGGUCAUGGAUGCUGACAAAGUGCUCAGCAGUGACGCCGUUGCUGUGACAUUUGCAGAUGAGGUGCUGGGCUGGGCUCGAUGGCUGAUCCCAUUGUCGGUGGCAAUUUCCUGCUAUGGAGGCCUCAACUCCUCCAUCAUCGCUGCCUCCAGGUUGUUUUUCGUUGGUUCCAGAGAAGGCCACCUACCUAAUGUCCUGUGCAUGAUCCACAUUAAGCGUUUCACUCCAAUUCCUGCCCUGCUCUUCAAUGGUGCCAUGUCUCUGUUAUAUCUGUCUGUGCCUGACGUGUUCCAGUUGAUCAACUACUUCAGUUUUAACUACUGGCUGUUCAUUGGUCUGUCAAUAGCCAGCCAGAUCUACCUUCGCUUCAAAGCUCCUGAUCUGCACCGACCAGUUAAGCUGUCUUUGUUUUUCCCCAUCGUCUACUGCGUGUGCAGCAUAUUCCUGGUCGUGGUUCCCCUCUACAGUGACACCAUUAACUCUCUGGUGGGAAUUGCUGUGGCGUUGUCAGGUGUACCAGUCUACUACAUUUGCAUUCACCUGCCACCCACCUCCAGACCAGCCUUCCUCAAAAAAAUACUUGAUGUGAUCUCUCUGUACACUCAGAAACUGUGCAUGUGUUGUGUGGCCUCACCUGAUAUUGACCUGGACAAUAUAGACCCAGAAAAGAUGGAAUGAUGGAGCAGAGACAAAGGACUCCGGUGAGAUGCUGUUUGGAUGGAUGGAAGAGGAAGAAUGAGCACAAAGGAGGCUGUGAGCUGCAGACAAUCAGGAUUUAGAUGAGUAUAGCUCGACUGAUUAAAGGGAGUGAAGAGAUGAGCUCAUCACUCCUCUUCUCUCACACAUGAGCCAUAGAAAUAAAGUAGAAUUAAAAUUUUGUACAUGAUAACCCUCCAACAAACAGCACUGCGCAGAUUAACUCAGUGGAACACGUGCACAUUCACAUGCUAUUGCACAAUGCAGUGUUGGUUGGGCAAUUGCCUCCAUAUGUGCCCGAAAACUGCAACUCGCACACACACAUAAACUGACCGAAAGCCUUGCGCCGACACUGCAACAAGUGGAAAUGAACAAUCUGAUCCAGAGGGAAUUGACUCAGUAAAGAUGCCUUUGGUUACUUAUUCAAAAACAGUAGGUUUUACAGAAAAAGCACAAAAAACAAGGUUCGUUGAAUGCGUUACAUGUGUUGGAUCACUUCAAGGAUGAGCAUUAGGGGGUUUCAAACCAGUGGUUCCAAUGCUUUUUUAUGCUUGUGACUAUUAAAAAUGGCCAAUUCAACUAUUUAUUUUGCCUUAUUUGAACAUUUGUUAGGGCCCUAAUAAAAAUAAGAUUAAAUAGUGCGUAAGCAAAAAGUGGAAUGACAGAAAAAUAGCCAAAAUAUUCAAUUUUGGUUUCUCACAACCCAUCAAAUUUAUCUUCAACCCAAUGGUGUGGGUCCUAACCACUGGUUUAAAUGGUGAAAGGUUUUGAUGGAUUUGCAUUGAGAUCAGAGUGGUUAAUGUGCCAGUGUGUGUUACUCAUACAUGUAUUACAGGUCUGAGUUUUAAGAGUUUAUACAUCAACGGUUUGGGUACGGCAGCCAGAUCUAGUCCAGAUACAUUGUUCUUGGACUUUUUAAAACACUCAUGUAAACUGCAGCAAAUUUGCACAUCUUGCAUUUCCAGUUUUGUUUUACAACUCAUUUGUUAAAGAAAAGCUUUAUUCUGAUCUAUUGCUGAAGUGAAGGACCAAGGUUUGUACUAGUUCUGAACUAGUUCAGAAUGAGAAAGAGGUUUUCUACAAAAGUGCUGUAUUUUUCCUGCAGUUAAGACAAGCUGGUGUGAUGUGUCAGUUGACUUUGAUUGGUAUUAUUUACAAGUGGUAAUCCUUCUGUGGAUAUGAUCAUGAAUCAGUCAUGUGAAAUGUUUCCAUCUGAAUCUUUUCUAUGUAUCUUCAGGCCUGUAGUUGAUUUCUGGUGCCUCCCAGUGGUAGCUCAUAUUAACUUCCAGGGACAAGCUAGAAGUGUCCCCAGCAUCACUCAAGAGCACCUCUGAAACUUUUGUUUAUGCUGUUACUUGUUAUUACUGUUAUGUGGUUCUCUGUUUUCAGCCAUAUACAACUCAGACGGGUGAGAGGAAUGUAACUAAAGUGUUAUGGCUAUCAAAAAGGUUUUCAGAGUUUAAGCUCAUGUGAUGUGAUUUGUAUGUAGAUUUGAGAAAAUGUACCUGCAGGACUCCUCUGGGGAAUGUUUUACUCCACAAUGUGGUCUUUGUAGAUGCAAAUCUCAGGAUCAACCAUGUUGAUGUGCACACGUUGUUGCUGGUAUUUAUCUUUCUUUUUUUUUUUUAAACACUCUUGUCUUAACAGUUUAUAUCACAGAUGCGAUAUUUAAUGUAAUGCUGCAUUUUAAAUAUAUCAUCAAUGUGGACCAUUUGUUCUAAAUGCAUAACCAAAGGUCUUAAACAGGCUGAUAGUUGGACCAUCUUUCUGCUCACAGAGUACAGUGGGCCUGUAGCAAAGUGUCUGCUUCCUAGUGAGAAAACUUUAGCUGUAGCGUGUUGAGCUACAGGUAGAAACGAGUCCUGUGGUGUUUGCAGUGUACGGUAGUCUUUAUGAACUAUAUGUGCCUUCUGUGAGUGUGGUCUGCCAAAGGAGAUUUUUAAUAUUGUAACGUAACUUUUGCGUACAGUGUCUUGAGCACAGUCAUAUUGACACUUUGCUGUACAAUUUUGCCAAAAUGUUUUUCAGGUGGUCAAUUUGCGAAAAAUUAAGCAUCUUAAGAUUUUGUAGUUAACUGUCAGGUGGGAAUAUUCAGGCCUUAGAUUGAACCAUUUUGAGCGUCUCGACACAAAGCACUUCCUCAACACCAGCCAACAGAAGCGCACAGAUAUUUGUUUAAUGUUGCUUUCUCUGGAGUCAGUCCUCAUUUCAGUUGUGGGUGUUGUUAAGAAGAGAAUCACCUUGUAUCUGCGGUUAACAGAAUAGUCUCAAUGUAUAUGCUUAUAUUAUCAUGUUAUGAACUUAUAUACUCAGAAUGUUGCAGUAUAAUGUAUAUUUCAUGUGUUCGGGUUGGGUUGUGUUUGACAAAGCUGUGUUUUGUGUGUUUGUAGAGUUAUGUCUGAAAGUGCUUUCUGUACUGACCGUUUUAUUUAUCAUAUUUUGGACAAGCCAAAUUGUGAGAUAAUGCUUUUCUGUGGAGGGGGUUGUGUUUAGCCAGACUGAGGCAUCAAAGUGUUGUGUUUUAUAUGAAUAAAGGCAAGUACAGAAUA